UUUUUCUUUGUUUUUCCAGUGUUCCUGUUCCAGUAGUCAGUCUAGAGAAAAUUCCUAAUCUAGUGAAGGCAGAUGGUGCCAACGUUAAAAUGAAUUCUGCAACCACUACCACCAUCACCUCCUCCUCUGCCUCGUCAUCCACCAUACCUGCUCCAACCUUGGUUAAAUCUGGUUUGACAUCCAAGUCAGUGCCGCCAUCGCCAGAAAAGAUUCUGAACGGCAAAGGAAUUAUAGCUCCAUCAAUAGACAAGAAACACCAGAAUGGCACUAAAAGCAGUAACAAGCCUUACAAAAGACUUUCAGAAAGAGAAUUUGAUCCAAAUAAACACUGUGGAGUACUGGAUCCUGAAACAAAGAAACCUUGCACAAGAUCGCUCACCUGCAAGACUCAUUCACUUAAUCAUCGACGAGCAGUUCCAGGCCGUAAAAAACAGUUUGACAUCCUUCUAGCUGAACACAAAGCUCGAUCCAGGGAAAAAGAAGUUGCAAAAGACAAAGAGCAUCCACCAUCGGCAAGGGAGAGCUAUCAGAGCCAGCCCACACCAGCACAAGACUCUCUGUCAGGAUCUUCAGUGAACUCUGGGCAAGAAUCUAAAGUAACAUCUCCUGCAAAAUCUAGACCACCAAAUUCUGUACUUCCAAGACCAUCAUCUGCCAAUAGCAUAAACAGCAACAGUUCUUCAAACCACAGUGGGUAUGUACCAGAACUGCCACUGCCUUCCAUGGGAGGAGAUUUAACUAGUAGAUUGUCCAGUGAUGAAGGAGAAGUGGAUGGAGCUGAAGAAUCUGAGAAAUUAGACUGUCAUUUUUCUGGACACCAUCCCAGACCUCUUGGGUUCUGUUCAUAUGGUAGUCGCUUAAUGGGAAGAGGGUACUAUGUCUUUGACAGAAGAUGGGACCAUUUUCGUUUCGCACUAAACUCCAUGGUAGAAAAACACUUGAAUUCACAGAUGUGGAAGUAAGUGGGAGUUUUACACGUGGGCAUA